AAUAUUGAAACUCUAAACUUUAACCUUUAGCAAAAUCCAAGUGGGACGUGGAGUGAGAAAUUUAAAGCUAGCAUGCAGUCUCUGUAAGGAAUAUCAGAAUGCUUUGAUGCUGCAGAAUAUGAAUGGCAAUAUGGAAGAAGUCAGCUCAGUGGAAAUCAGAGCUCUCAAAGGUCUCCAUUGGCAGCAUGAGAAAGAAGCUAAGAUUGAAGAAGCUCUGAACUCUGACCCUGUCGAUAUUUCCACCCUCCGCUCUCUAGCCAUCUCCCUGGGGGGUCUUGUUCACUCUCGGCUCAGGAAGAGGGCGUGGCCUAAACUAGCGGGUGUGAGUGUAUUUCACAUCCCCCCAUAUAAGGGACCUCCUCUCUCCGACCUCAAAGACAGGGCUCAGGUGCUGCUCGAUGUCAACAGGUGUGGAAAGAGAAUCCCAAAACAUUAUUCUGAGGGACGUCAAAAGCUGGUACGGGAUCAGCUGACUCGAGUGAUUCUGCGUCUCCUGGCAGAGAACUCUAACCUUCAUUAUUACCAGGGCCUACACGAUGUUGUCCUGACAAUACUACUAGUGACAGGGGAGGACGUUAGCUACGCCAUCAUGAAAGUGAUUGUCAACCAUCACAUCAGGGACUACUUGGAUGCUGACAUGAACCGUACAAAGGUUGUGAUUGGACACUUGCAGUCUCUAUUGGUAUUGGAGGACCCUUAUCUAGAGCAGUUCAUCACAAGAUCUGAGUGUGCCUACUACUUCAGUCUCAGCUGGCUCAUCACGUGGUACGGUCAUGUGGUAUCCAAUCAAGAGGAGUCAUGGCGACUCAUGGACCUCCUCCUAGCAUCACAUCCCUUCAUGUCCGUGUAUCUAGCAGCAGCAAAUGUCCUGUCCCAGCGCUCGAAGAUCCUCUCUCUAGACUGUGAAAUGAGUGCUGUACACGGGCUCCUCUCUAAACUGCCCCAGGACAUAGACUACGAGCGUCUCAUUGCCACAGCAACCAAACUGUUUGUGAAACAUCCACCCAAGAGUCUUGCCAGACAGAGUGGCAUGAGACUGAGCAAGAGUUCGAUGCUAUCCACCCACUCCACAUUCCUACACACGACGGCACACCAACGACCAGACCACAUCCUCAAGACCCUACCAGCCCCGCCCACUCCGUGGGUGUGGUUAACUUCACCUGUAAAAUAUUUGCUCUCUGUAACUGCUCCAGUUUUAGUAGCUGUGUUAGUGUAUGUGUUGUACGAAUACUUCACCAACAGAACACACAGUAGCCAUUUAGAUGUGAUAGCCAUCAACAGAUGAUUUUUUUUGUCACUAAUUGUCUAUUACUUAAUUUAUUGUGUGCAACAAA